AUGGUUGCGCUAUGGUCAUUGGUGUCUACUUUUACAAUGUUUGCGAAUGGAUACGGAUCACUGCUAGCGUGCCGGCUGCUGCUUGGGCUUUUUGAGGCGUCCUUCUUCACGUCAAUCUCCCUCAUUAUCUCAGACUUUUACUUCCAAUCCGAGCUUUCGCAACGUGUGUCGUACCUAUUUGCCGCAUCUGCAUUCUCCAGCGCCUUUGGGGGGCUCAUAGGUACCGGAAUCACAAAGAUCAGCUCUGGCUUGGCUCC